AUGCGCCUUCCCGCGCCGCUCCUCGCCCUCUUGGCGCUCGCCUUCUCGGCCGUCGCCCUCGCGUGGACAAAGGACGACUAUGAAAUCUUUGACCUCGUCGCGGCGCUCAGGAAGGAUGUCGGCCCCGACGCUUCGUUCUACUCCGAGCUCCAGAUCGAGCCCAGCGCCACCACUGCUGAGAUCCAGCGCGCGUUCCGCAAGCGUUCGCGCGACCUGCACCCGGACAAGAACCGCGGCGUCCCUCACGCCCAGGAGCGGUACGCGCGUCUCGUCGUGAUCUCGACUGUGCUCAAGGACUCGGAGAAGCGCGACAGGUACAACUUCUUCUACAAGAACGGUGUCCCCACCUGGAAGGGCUUUGGCUAUGCUUACAGCCGCUGGCGUCCGGGACUCGGCCUCGUUCUUGGAUUCAUUGCGGCUCUGACCGCCGGCAUGCACUACCUCGUCCUCCGCAUCAACUACACCCGCGACAUUGCGCGUGUGGCCUACUUUACGGAGGCUGCCCAGAAGGCUGCUCGCGGUGCACAGGGCCGCCGCAAGGUCAAGGUCCCCAUGGUUGAGGGCGGCCUUGGUGGCGACGUUCUCGAGCUUGUUGUUGAUGGUGACCAGGUCCUGCUGCCUCACGACGAUGGCACUGCCACCCCUCUCGACAGCCUCGCUCCUCUCCCUUCGUUCUCGCGUACCUGGCCCGUGACGCUCUCGCGUGCCCUCAUCGCUCGUGCUGGCGGCAAGAGCCGCCGCGUCGACACCGAGGACUUUGAGGAGGAGGAGUACGAGGAGGAGGACACUGUUGCUGGCUUUGACGUCAGCGAGGUCGACACACCUACUCCUGCCGCGCGCAAGUCUCGUGCUGCCGAGCUGCGUGCCCAGCGCCAGCGCGGUGCCAACAAGGCUGCCAAGGGCAAGAAGGGUGCCAAGGCAGAGGGCGAGACUGAGGGCGACGAGUCUGGCGCGUCGACCCCGGCUACGGCUACUGCUGACGAGAGCGCCAGCGCUGCUGAGGAGGAAAAGAAGCGCAAGGCCGGUCUCGGCAAGGCUGGUGCUGCUCGCAGGCGCAAGAUGGCGCUCAAGAAGUAG